CCAUACAAUGUUUACUAGUUCAAAUCGAAGAGGAGAGCUGUUUACUUUUACUUUAAAUCCUAAUUAAAAACGUUUCGAAGCGUAAGAUUGUACUUAGUAAAAGGUAAUACUUCCAAACCAUCAUGGUUGACGUUAAAAAGUUUAGCGAAACGGAUUUGUACGGUCUGCUGGAUAUCGAGAUCAGUGCCACUGAAGCCGAGAUACGUAAAGCGUACCGCAAAAAAGCUUUGCAAUGCCAUCCGGACAAGAAUCCCGACAAUCCAAAGGCUGCCGAGCUGUUCCAAGAACUGUCGAAAGCGUUGGAAAUCCUGAUCGAUAAGUCAGCUCGGGCGGCGUACGAUAAACUGCUGAGUGCUAAAAAAGCCGCUCAGCUACGGACGAAACAGCUGGACAGCAAAAGACAAAAGCUCAAAAAUGAUCUGGAAGAGCGGGAAAGGCGAGCAAAGGAACAAGCAACAGGGGGAUUUUAUAAAGUCAACAAGACCCCGGAGGAACUGUUCCAGGAAGAGUUCGAGCGGCUUCGCAAAGAAGGCUCAAAGUUGAUCGAAGAGGAGCAAGAGUUGAUGCGGCAACAGCUGCGAGAAGAGAAAGCAAUGCAAAGCUUUGCCAAAUCGAGCUGGGAUCCGUCAAAGCAUAGAAUAAAGAUUCGUUGGAAAGCGGCCAGCGACGACCUGACAAACGGUGGCUACUCGGAAGCAGUUUUAAAUAAGUUUCUCAGUAAAUACGGCGACAUCAAUGUGCUAGUGAUGAGCCCGAAAAAGAACGGUAGCGCUUUAGUGGAGUUUAAAACGCAGGAAGCAGCAGAAAUGGCAGUGAGCUAUGAGAAAGGACGACUAGACAAUGCCUGCAGCCUGGAGUGGAUAGGAGAUGCGCCUAAGAACAAAAAUUCUCGUACCGGAGGUUCGAGUACAGUCACCGAGAGAGAUUUCGAAAGUUUAGUUUUACGACAGCUGCGCCAAGCGGAGGAAAGGAAACGACUGAUCGAGCAGAUGAUGCGAGAGGAUGCCGAGGCGGAAGGAUCUUAGAUGCGAAAGGUUCUGGUUAUUUCAUUUUGUUUUAUUUUAUUUGUCUGUUUUCGUAUGCCAGAACUAUUUAGUUAUUUUCCUAACUCUAUUUUACAAACAUAAGCUUGGAAUCGAAAUGAAAAUCCAUGCGGAUAGUCUCUUC